AUGGCCUUUCAUAGCCUCCUGGAUGAAGUCGGCAGCCUGGGGAGAUUCCAGAUCCUUCAGAUGGUUUUCCUUUGCAUCUCCAGCCUCCUAGCGUACCCCCACAUUCUCCUGGAGAACUUCACGGCCGCCGUCCCCGAGCACCGCUGCUGGGUCCCCUUCCUGGACAACCUCACCGCGUCUGCUAACGGUACCGGGGCCCUCGGCCGGGACGCCCUCCUGAGGGUGUCCAUCCCCCUGGACUCCAGCCUGAGGCCCGACAAGUGCCGCCGCUUCGUCCACCCGCAGUGGCAGCUGCUGCGGCUGAACGGGACGGUCCCCGCCGGCCGCGAGCCCGCCACGGAGCCGUGCCUGGACGGCUGGGUGUACGACCGCAGCGCCUUCCCCGCCACCAUCGUGAGCCAGUGGGACCUGGUUUGUGAAUCUCAGUCACUGAAAUCCAUGGCCAAAUUCCUGUUCAUGGCUGGAAUGCUGGUGGGAGGCCUCAUCUUCGGCCAUUUGUCAGACAGGUUCGGGAGGAGGCUGACCCUCAGAUGGUGCUUCCUGCAGCUCGCCAUUGCGGAUACCUGUGCAGCCUUCGCGCCCACCUUCCCCAUUUACUGCUCCCUGCGCUUCUUGGCUGGGUUUUCUACCAUGAACAUCCUGACGAACUGUUCUGUGCUUAUCGUGGAAUGGACGGUGCCCCAGUUCCAGGCCAUGGGGAUGACAAUGACCAUCUGUGCUGCUUGUAUCGGACAGAUGCUCCUGGGAGGACUGGCCUUUGCCAUUCGAGACUGGCAGACCCUUCAGUUGGUGUAUUCUGUGCCAUUAUUCGUCAUCUUUCUUUUCUCAAGGUGGCUGGCAGAGUCCGCCCGAUGGCUGAUCAUCACCAACAAACUCGAGAAGGGCCUGGAGGAGCUUCGAAAGGCCGCACACAGGAACGGCAUAAAGAAUGCAGGGAGCACCCUGACCAUGGAGGUCUUGAGAUCCGCCAUGCAGGAGGAGCUGGAGGCCAUACAGAAAAAACAUUCUGUGUUUGACUUGUUCCGAACACCCAACCUUCGGAAAAGGGUCUGUUUCCUAUCUUUUGUGAGAUUUGCCUUCUACAUGCCCUUUUACGGCCUGGCUCUCCACCUCCAGCACAUGGGGAGCAACGUGUUUCUGUUCCAGGUGCUUUUUGGGGUCGUCAACCUCCCCUCCAAUUACGUGGCCCUCCUGGUGCUGAAUCACAUGGGCCGCCGAGCCAGCCAGAUCCUUCUCACGUCCCUCCUGGGGCUCUGCCUUCUGACCAGCACGUUUUUGCCUCAAGAAAUGCAGAUCCUACGCGUGGCAUUGUCAACGCUGGGAGUAGGUGUAUCUUCUGCAACUGUCAUCUGCACUUUUGCCCAUGGACACGAGCUGAUCCCCACCGUCAUCAGGACCACAGCUUCAGGCUUCAUGGGACUUGCAGGCAGUACAGGGGCGGCCCUGGCCCCCCUGGUGAUGAUCCUGGCGGUGUACUCUCCCUACGUGCCCUGGAUCAUCUAUGGAGCCCUCCCCCUCCUCACUAUCCCUGUUAUCCUCCUUCUGCCCGAAACCAAGAACCGGCCCCUGCCUGACUCCAUCCAGGACGUGGAGAACACGAGAAAAGACUCAAAAGAAGCCAAGCAGGAAGAUCCCACCGUGAAAGUGACGCCGUUUUAAGGCAUUCCAGGAACUCGCUGGGAACCAAAGAACAAGGGCGGGAACCUGGGAUUGCUCCCAGAUAUUGGCAAAAUUUGGAAAAUCAAUAAAAAGAUGUAAUGGAAA